AUGCAAUUCAACGGAUACUACUACAGCCCUCAGAAUGGCUACGACCAGUUCUCCGGCCUCCAGGCUUUCCAUGACGCCGUCCGUAGGCCUGACGCGGGUCCCUCAAAUAGCACUGGACAUGGAUAUGGCUAUGUCCAGGGAGACGUCCAGCAGAAUACCCAACAGCACAUGUCACCGCCAAAUCAACAGCAGGCGCAGUCGCAGCCGAUCAUACAUCCUCCACCACAGCAAACACCGCAAUUUCUCCCUCAGCUGCCUCAGACUCAAUUGCUACCGCAGCAGCAUACUCCGCGACAGGAUCCGCCCCAGACGGCACAAGUGAGCACUCAGCGAAACACCAGCGUGAGCACAGAACAGCGGAAUAGCGAUCAGACCACGGCGAGGGAUACGGAGCGGAAAAAUGAGCAGAAUGGCAAUCAGAAUGCGGACCAAGACAAGGAGCAGGACAAGGAUCACCGCUCUCGGGGCCAGCAGCUCAACAUGCCGCCCGUUGUUGGCUCGAUGAUGCACUACGCGAACAAGCAUGUCAAGUAUCGACCGUUUCCACCCGACAUCAUGGCUGUCAGGGAGAAGCUAUUCAAAAUGGACGAGCCCUUCCUGCUGGACAGCCAGCAGAUUGCCGACUACUGGCCUCACAUGAGCAAUGUUUGGGGGAGAUCUACACGGCCGAGUGUGGAGCCGAAUGGUACGGUAGUUGAGGUCUGGGAGUGCCGAAUACGAAGACGUGUGGAGAGCAAAGGCAACAAAUACGGCGCGCGUCAGGGCACUGGAAUGAGGAACAGACUUAAUAAAGACAAUAUUCUGGGAGACUCUGAGGCAUGUACACCGCGCAUCAGGGUCGUGUCCUACACCAAGCAUGCUGAAAACCCGGAAGAACAUUGUGGGCCGCCUGGGUUCUUGAAUUGCAAAUGUCUGGCUGAGUGGGCACAUUUCGAGAGAACCACCACCACGAGAAACAAGGCUCUCCAACAUACGCAUGAUCUAGACGUGUGCGAUCGAUACAAGCGGACAGACGGCUUGAUGUACUGCUGCAAGCUGAAGGUGGAGGAGCAUUAUACGCUUCCCGCCGUGAUGCGGUGGAUCAAGGAGAAGUUUGGGCACAUCAGCAACGAAGUGGAAUACAUACAGAAGCACGACAUCGCAAAUGUGAGCCGACCCUGGAAGCAAGCACACAAAGGCGAAGAGAUGAGGUCUCAAAUUACGGAAGACACGGAUGCGGAUAAACGGCGAAAACAUUGCCUGGACGCCAUCGUUUCGAAUCCCGCCGACCGUCUGCGGGAAGCCUUGUCUGAAGUCUGCAAGCGCAUACCAGAAGCAAUGGACAUUGUAAUACCGUUUUUGGACAUGACCAGCGCGGACAGAGAGGACUUUCCCGAAAUUUCACAUGGUCAAUCAAUCAAGAUACCCUUCCCAGGCCUUCCGCACAAGAGAAUGCUGCUAUACGAAACAAGCGCGUCGGUACCUGCUUCAGCUCCGACAUCAACGCCUGCACGCCCCUCAUUCGCUGCAGGAGCAUCGACACCGCACAGCGCGCCUCAGCCUGCGAAUAAUUGGCCUCCACCGCAGCCUAGUUAUACCGCUCCUGUGAAUCCCCAAAUUAUAACCCUACAACCGGCGCCAGGUCCAACGGCAACCAACGCAACCCGAGCGUCGCUUCCUGACGUACGGAGCGCGUGCAUGACGGACCCGGAAACUACUCACAAAGCCUUUAUAGAAGCAUCAAGUGCAUUGCCUCCGUCUGUGCCGCGGCCGUAUACCUCUCAACAUACGAGAAUGCCACUUCAACCGAUUGAUAGGGCUCGAAACAGCGGGCAGCCGUGGCGACCUUUGAGCGUCACCCAUCCAGUGGCCAAUGGGCCUGCGCCUCGGCCUAGGAUACCUCCUGCGCCUUUGAUGCAAGAAAGGCCUGCGUGGGCGCAGCCUGUUGUACCGCAGAAACGAAGCAUGGAGCAUCCACCAGAGAGAUCGCGGAAGUCCUUGCCAGCGACUCCUGAUCAGCCCAGGGCUGAUGGCCCCAGUCUUGUCAACGAAAUUGCGUCUCAGUUGCGCAAAGAACUUGCGGCUUCUUGA